GCGGACUAUCUGCGGAAGCUUGUCUCGGAAGGGAAUGUGGCGCCAUCUCAGAUCCUCAAACAGGCCAAGCGCGCAGGUGUGGGUGGAAAGAACUCCAGGUCAGUUGUUCGCCCCCCGCCCAUCCUGCUUGAUGCCGAAGGCCGCGAAGUCUGUUCUCGAGCGGAUCGUGAUGAUGUGUGGCUUCGUCACUUUGGUGACCAGGAAUGCGGUGAAGUCAUGACAGUGGAGCAGUUUCUCACAGCUGAUGAUAAGGACCUUCGAUGCUAUGAUGGGCCACAAUGGAGUGCGGCCGAGCUGCCGAGCCUCACGGACAUCGAAUCAGUUCUUCGGCGACUUCCACGUGGCAAAGCCGCAGGCCUUGACCACCUCCCCUCAGAGCUGCUCGCGGCUGUUCCGAGCUCGAUGGCUGCUCUUAUACAGCCACUGUUUCUGAAGUCGCUGCUUUUACAUCAGCAGCCGCUGCAGUGGCGAGGGGGCGUACUCUAUGCUGCUUGGAAGCAGUCUGGAAAGCUCAGUGACCCGGCCAGCCACAGGUCACUGUUUGUCUCCAGCACCAUGGGCAAAGCCCUUCAUCGGGUCAUCCGCAAUCAGGCGAGUACCCAGAUCCAGGGAGUCCUCCACGACAUGCACUAUGGUGUUAAGAAGGGGGCGCCGGUGACUUUCGGUGCCCUCUACAUCCUCAGCCACAUCCGACACAGCUACCGUACGCGAUGUUCGAUGGCUGUUCUUUUCUUGGAUAUCCGCUCUGCCUAUUAUAGGAUCCUCCGUGAGGCCUCAUGUGGUGACAUUCGCAGCGACCUCACAGUCGCCCGCAUCCUCAAAAAGUUUGGCCUGACUGGAGAAGAUGCGCAUGAAACUGCAGUUGAUCCAAGAGGGCGGGGCGAUGAGAGACGCUGGAGUCAGUCCGGCGUUAUGUUCAGCGGCUCGCGCCCGGGGGAGAGUUGGGCAGACGCCCUCUUCAGCUUCCUGUAUGCCAGGGUGCUUGGCAAGAUUGCGGAGUUGGCGGACGGCGAGGAGCUGCUCAGCUACCACCACCUCGAGGAGGCAGCUGGAAUUUUCGGCCGAGCUGGAGUUGGAGAUCCCUACGGAGCCCGUGACACUACAUGGGCCGACGAUACUGCACUACCACUGGCCGACCGAAGCCCGGAGCGGCUUUUGAGAAAGGCGCA